AUGUCCGUUUCUAAGCAAAACUCUGAUGAAUCCAGUGUUGAAGAAAAUGGUGAAGCAAUAACGGAAGAUGACGAAAGACUUAAAGGAGAUGCGAUAGGUGAUACGUUGUAUUCGGAAUCGUGGAUCUUGAAAACUUUAAUGAAACUUACUGAGGAAUUGCCUUCAUACUCAAAGAACCAUAACAAUUUUGAAACUCAAGAGAGCAAUGCAGUUGAACUGGAUGAAUCCUUGGAAACAGACCUGUGUUUGUUGUGGGACAUGUCUGCAGAUAAAGAAGUUGCACAUUGUUUAUUUCAGCAUGACAUUUUAUCCUUAGCAAAAUGUGUCAUUGAAGAAAGUGUAGCCCCAAGAUUAACGGAGAUUGGAAUUGGAAUCCUAGCAAACCUAUCUUGCCAACAAAAGAUAGGCCAUGAAAUCCUAUUGGAUAGUGAGUUGCUGACUGGUGUAGUAAACUUGAUGUCUAGUGAAGACUCCCAAACAAUUAUCCAGAUUGUUCGGCUCCUAGAUAAUUUGAUUCACUAUUCUGACAAUAAAUCCUGCAGUAGUCUUCUUGAUGAUGAAGCCUUAUGGAUGUCUGUUGCCUUCAUCCUUGAAAACUCUCUAAAUGAAGAGUUGUUAAUUGGAUCUGCUAAGUUGCUUGAAAACCUGACUAGACAUAUGAAACAUGACGAAGAAGUUCCAUAUAAAAACAUUCUUAGUGGGAUAAUAGAAGCUCAAAAGCAACUGCAAAGUGGCAACUCAGAUAUCGCUUUUGAUUAUCCACUAGAGGUUCGAGAUUCAUUUGUCGCCCUGGUUUCGGCGUUUUACAAUUUCAGCAGACAUAAACCUAUGCAAAUAGAAAUCGUGAACGCGCGAGACCGUGUUGAUUCGUUCUUAUCGUUUCACUUUUCCUUUCUACUGAAAAGCGUCUGCGAUUCCACAGAGGAGGAAUUGGCCAGUUUAACUGCAAGUGCCGUGCAAGCGGUCACGAUCUUCUUCAUCACCUUCAGUUCAGCACCACUUGAUUGUAAGAUAUUGGAGUUGGUGGGCCACGUUGGCAGUAAACUAGAGCCAUACGUGGACGGAGAAAACGAGCUCAGCAAAUGCGCAUCUGAUUACAGCGAAAUAGUUGGCGAUUGUUUCCGUAAACAGCUCGACUUGUUUGCCAUUGACUAUUUCCUUGGUUUGCUCGAAUCGCUCAACACCAAAGCCCUUGCCUUCAUUCUACAAGCAGCUCAUCGAACAGUACCCGAUCGCCUCCAACAACUAGUAGAUGCCGCCCGGAGUAGAGGAUCAUUUAACAAAGUGAUUGAAACUUACGAAUCAUGUGUAAGGAAUGCUGUCCGCUAGAUGUCUCGUGUUUGGUUUGAAUUGUAAAAUUGUAACACAGCAGCGUCCCUUCGUUUAUCGAUCGCUGUCAAAACCGGAAUUCCUGCUCUAUUCGUUCUCUAUUUUAACGCACGUACCUAUUCUUGCUCAGCUCACAAUAUGGUUUUCUGUCGGGAGUUCGUCGCAAAUACAAAGAGGGAGAGAGAUCUUCUAUUGAAACCCCAGUUCUUGUGUUUGCAUUGUAUUCGGCUGUUGUGCACUGCCUUGAAUCCCAUCCAACGUAGUCCCCAAUCAACCUUCCUUUAUUUAUUUUUUUGCGUGCAAUGCACGACACAGGCCAGUCAAUAGCCUAUACCGAUGGCCCUAAACCAUGCUAUCCAUGAGCUCGACGCCCAGCAGCGAAGGCCGUUAAUUAGCGCAGCGGACCUGGGUACGUUUCUAAUACAACCACCCAGCGGGCGUUUGAUUAGUUCCCGCCAUUUACUUUCUGUCGUGUAUCUGUCUGCUUAUUUACGUUUCUUUUAAACGUUCCCAGGGCAUUGUUGCUGUAGCUUUCAAACAAACACGGAUCACAAGCGAUUAUUUGACAGUUUACGUUCAGAAUUGAAAUGGUGGUUAAAAUUUCAAAAAACAAACAAAAGGGAAACGAAAAAAAGGAAUAAAAUAAAUAAAAGAACGUGGCCAAACGUUGGGCGGAAAUGGCCCGUCUGUUCGGUGAUUGGUGGCGCGCACAAGAAGAUCGUGUUUUUCCUCACUUCUAACGGCGCAGACGGGAGAGGAAGCUUUACCAGUCAGUGAGGGCCAAACAGCAACAUAUCCUCCCCUUUCUCCACCCGCUUGCCUCCCAAACUAAAAAGUCUUUUCGAACGGCGAGCGAGGAAGCAGUCAGCUCUCAGACGCACUCGAUUCCGGUCGCACACGAACCUUCCUCAGCCGCACUCUUCGCUUCUGCCAUCUAAAUCAGAUUGGAAGCCGCUUGCUGCCAACAAGAAAGAAAGUCCCUCAACUGUCACGAGCCCUACAGCCUUCUACGAAUUACCUCUUGGGCAUCGUCUAACUAGCAAAAAAGGAAGCCAAUCUCUCUAAUUCGGGUGGCAAUAAAGAGAGGAAAAGGCACAACCCGCAAUACGAAA